AUGUUUUGCGAAAGCACAUCGGUGAAUUCGAGUGAUGGAACACGGGCCGAUGAAGAUUUGCUCAUUAAUCGAAUGCUUAACUCUACAGUACCUCAGCUUAUCGACAAGACUUGUCCUCAAUGUCCAAGGUUUACGAGAAGUUGGAAACCUAUGGAGUUUUUGAAUUUGUACAACUUUCGCCGAAGUUGGGCUCGAGAUGUCGUCUAUCUGUUAGAUUGGGCGAAUCAUUUUCCUAUAUUCAGAAAACUUUGCUCUGAAGACAAGUCUUCAUUGGUCGCUUUACUCAGUUCUCCCUCUUUCACCAAAUGCUAUCGAACGUACCGUGAAGGUUGCAGUGGACUUCUUCUAGGAUGCGGCAAUGUGUUUCCAUACGAACAGGAUACGAGGUUCAAAAUUGAAGACGAAUACUUGCGGAAACUGUUCUCACAACUAUGCGAUGCCCUGUUCACCGAGGUGAUUUUCCCGAUGGCUCAUCUACGCCUCAGUGAAACCACAUAUGUCCUGAUGAAGGCCAGCGUAUUCCUUUUCGAAGGUUUGACCUUCAGCAGCCUGACACCGGAAGGAAAAGUGGUGAUAGCCCAGGAGAAAUCUCGACAUCGUACAGCUUUGCUUGCCCAUCUUAAUGCUAUGAAAGAGACGUUCGAUGAGAAACUCAAUUAUAUUAUUCAAAUUGAACACAUCAUGACCAGCAUAGAGGCAAUCUCCAACUUUAUGGACAAAGAGAUUCAAUUUCUCAAUGUGUUUGGAAUUCUCGACAUGAAUCGAUCUCUAAUCACAGAAUGCCAUGUGAAUAAGUAUAGAUUUCAUUUAUCGCCUUAUGUGCAAUAA